AAAAUCUGUCUACAGUAAUUUUUAUAUAUUUUUGGUGUAUUUUGUGUGCCUUUCACUUUGCAAUUUUUUUUUAUUAAAUUUUUAAAACAAAACCCUUAAUUGAAUUGUAUAAACAAUUGAAAUAUACAAACAAGAGAACAACAUUAAAAACAAUGGAUCCACAAGUCUAUGAUUAUAAUGCAACUAUAGAUUUGAGUUUAGACAAACAAAAUAUUGUUCGUCAACUCAGUGAUAUGUUUUAUGGAUAUUCACUUAUUUAUAUUCGUGGUAUUUGCGAAGCAUGCUUAUGGAAUGUCGACUUGUGUAUUGAUAAGCUGAUAGGAGAAGGCAAUGUUGAUAUUAUCAAUCAUGAACCACCUAAACAACAGCCUAAUACCACCACAACACUUAACUACAGUCAGACUGUUCAAAAACCAAGUGUUAGUGGUGCUGUCCCCAAAACCGUUUCCACGGUGUCUUCCACGAAGCAAUCUUUUCAAGAUCUUCCUUCGGCUUACGCUCAUGUCUACAAUGACAUUGCCAAAGGCUACAAGGUGCUUGUUCUUAUGCGUGGCCCACCUGGAAGUGGAAAAUCUUAUUUAGCCAAGUCAAUUGUAAAGAAAAUGUUGCCCGGGAAAGAUUGGAAAGAUUUUGUCCUCGGAGCCGAUGAUUAUUUCUUUGAUGUACGUGGUAGAUAUCGAUAUAAUGUAGAUCGAUUGGAAGAUGCACAUCAGUAUUGUCAGACUAGAGCUAGAGAGAAGAUGUCACUUGGAUAUAGUCCGAUAUUUAUUGACAAUACAAAUCAUGCUCUGUGGGAGAUGAUGAGUUAUGUUAAAGUUGGCGUUGAAAAUGGAUAUAUUAUAGAGAUUGUUGAACCGCUAACGCCAUGGCGUAAUUCGGCGGGUAAACUGGCGGCGAAAAAUAUUCAUAAUGUGCCGAAGCAGAAGAUACAAAGGAUGUUGGAUAGAUAUGAAGUUGGGACGACGAAGGAUUUACUUGGGCUUUUAAAAGACACCAAGUACACUGUUGCACUGCCUCAGCUGAGAACAUAUCCAUCACCUCCAGAUCCGGAGCCUGUAUCGGCUCCAGUUCAAAAUCCAGUCCCUGAACCUCAAGCUCAGCCCCCGCCACCGCAACACCAACCGAAAACGCAAACGAAAGUCUUUGAAACAACAACCGAGACCGUAAUUCCAAGCGAAAAUAUCGUAGAGCCACUACCAACAACAACAACAAUGGAAAUGGAAAGAGAAUCUAAUUCAUCUCCGAUAGCGUUCAAUGAUCCGGCAAACAUAUGGCCCAGCUUUGAGCCACUAGAUGAUGAACUAUUGCCUGCUUAUAAAUCACCAACAAAAAGCAAAACAACAGAACAGGAAGAAGAUCCGGAACUUAAGCAGGAACAAGAAGAAAUGUCAACACCAAUUAAAAAGACUUCCAAGCCACUUAACCCUGAAGCCGCAAGUUUCUGGGGUGUUCCAUUCAGUACAAUGGAUACGAACAAAGAAUACGGAAGCGAUAUGAACGAAAUGAUGUUUCCAGCAGUUCCCACAGUUUGGCAAGCUUAUGAACAAGAAGCAACAAAUUUUUGGGGUGUUCCUGUUACUGCCGCUAGCAAUGCAACACCCGAACCAGUACCAAUGGAAGAGGGCAGUAGCACCAGCAGUUGUGGUCUUUUACAACUCCUCAAAGAGGGUGUUAAAUCAAUUAAUGUUCCCAAUAAAGAUAAGCAAUCGAAUGAAAAAGAAUCCACUCGACUGGAUCGUCAUCGUAUUGGCUGUGUGAAUGAAAAUGAAUCAUUCAUAGCCUUUCGACAAAUCUACCCAAAUAAACCCAAUGCAGAAUUGUGGGAUCUUUUCGUCAAAUGCAAUGGCAGCAUUGAUUGGGCUGUAGAUAUUUUACUCAAAGAUGAAGACUCUGUAACGAGUCGAAAUUCAUUUCAAGAAUCUGUCGAAAAUUGUGAUAAUUUCGAUUGCUUUUGUGACAGACCUGAAAGCUGUCCUCCAGCUGCACCUAGCAUGAGUAUUUCCAUGCCCGAAGCCGUCAUUGUGAAACCACAACGUCAAAAACUAGCACGAAAUCGUGCUGCCCCAUCGUCGGCUCAGCUUCUUGAAGUCAAAGAAGCAGUCGAAAAGAGUUUUGUGCUAGGAGAAGAGCACUAUUCUAGUCAUGUGAAGAAAAUUCGCAAUAAACGUAACGCCACCGAAGAUUCAAAUAAUAAAAAGACUUUGGUAGAAGUUCAAGUACAAACAGAUGAUUUAGAUGAAAAUGAUAACAGCGAAGAAGGUGGUGAAGACUCUGAAGUGAUUGAAAUCAAUCUCGGAGUGGAUUUAAUUGGUCAGUUAUCGGAGAUUUUCAUUUCUGAAACGACACCCCUCGAAGCACCUGAAAAGUACAAACCGAAUGUAUUUAUGCCAAAGGCUUUAGCUCGUGAACUUUAUGUCCUAUGGAUGGAAUCAGUUUAUAAUCAGCAAGAAGAACAACGUCAAAGUUUACUCAAAGAAGAUGAGGAAUUUGCACGUCUUUUGAAGAAUCCAAAGUAUCAAAAUCUUAAACAACCACCGGAAAAUAUUAAAGAACUACUCGAUAUGGAGUAUGCUUGGAUGAUUUAUAAUAAAGAACAAGAGCAAUAUAAUGGAUUGGCUUCGAAGCAUCCCAACGAUUUGGCUUCUCAUCUUACUAGGAUGAAGUUAUGUGAGAUAUUUCCGAAUAUUCCGAGAGAAACGUUGUUGGAUAUUUUAGCGGCACAUAAUAACAAAUUUAGUGACACUGUGGAGGUGCUGAAGAGUUCGAUUCAACCAGCGACGGUUGAUCAUCAGGUUUCAGCUGAAGUUCUUAUCGAAAAGGCAAGGACGGAGAAUGAAAUGCUUAAAGAGGAAGAAGACAAACAAGAACAAAAGAUAUUAAAGAACAAUAAUUCGAAUAGUUUUACAAAGAUUCAUUCCAACAAACAACAAGAAUCCUCAAAUCGUCAGAGAUCUCUUUCCCCGGAGGAAGCCAAACGAUUGGCUCUCUCCGAAUUCGAAGAGACCCGCAACUAUGCUGCCCAUCAUUGUCAGCUGCGUGCCGAGUGCUAUCAAAAAGCCAAGGAAGCCAUACAACGUGGCAACAGUGGUGUCGCUGUGUAUUAUUCGCAAAUUGCUAAUUUACACAAAAGAAAAAUCGACAUUUACAAUCAUCGUGCUGCUAAUUGCAUUAUGGAAGUUCAUGAUCUCACACAAAACAAUCCAGAUUUCAUAGAUUUGCAUUAUUUGCAUGUUGUGGAAGCUGUUGCUUGUUUGGAUAUAUUUGUUGAUCGGCACAUAGCUAAAUUACGAAGUAUAUUUCGUAGCUUUAAAUAUGUGUUUAUAAUAACGGGUCGUGGUUUGCAUAGUACUGGUGGAGUGUCGAUGAUCAAAACGAGGGUCAAGAGUAGACUCAAAGAGAGGAAUUUGAAGUGGAGUGAAGUAAAUCCUGGUUUGCUUAAAGUAAAAAUAUUCUCAGCGUCCAAAUAUUCUAAGAAUUUAUAGUGUUUUGAGUUUGAAACACAAAAAAGACAACCAUCUUAGAAAUUAAGACAAAAAUAAUGCUUGAAUCCCGAAAUGAUAUUAAAAAACGUUUUAUCUUUUAUUUUUUAGUAGCC